ACAAAUUUAGGACAUCCCGCCAAAGAAAUACCCUGACACCAGUCAACUGCGAGCACAACUCUCCCACCUUGAUUUGACACAUUCACAAGGAUUGAAGACUAGACUUACUCAGAAACAAUCACAACAACCACAAUAUGGCGCAAUCAGCGCCGUCAAAUGCCGGAAAUAAUGCUUUCAAGGACAAGGCCAAGCCACAGGCUGUCCGAGAAGGCAAUAUCACUGCAGCGCGCGCCGUCGCAGACGCCAUUCGAACGUCUUUGGGCCCGCGAGGAAUGGACAAGAUGAUUCAAACUGGCAAAGGAGAAACGAUAAUCACAAACGAUGGCAACACUAUGCUCAAGGACAUGAGUGUUAUGCACCCUGCUGCGAAGAUGCUUGUCGACCUGGCGAACGCACAAGAUAUUGAGGCUGGUGAUGGCACAACUUCAGUUGUAGUGAUUGCAGGCAGUCUAUUGGGUGCUGCCGAGAGGUUGUUGGCCAAAGGUAUUCAUCCGACAAUCAUUAGCGAAAGCUUUCAACGUGCAGCGGCACGUGCUGUACAAAUACUCCAGGACAUCUCCCUUCCCAUCAAUCUUGCAGAUCGAGCCACACUUCUGAAAGCAGCCUCGACAUCACUUUCGUCCAAGAUCGUUUCGCAAGAACCCAAGCUUGCACCUAUGGCUGUCGACGCCGUCCUCCGCACCAUCAACCCCGCCAACGCACAGAACGUCGAUUUGCGCAACGUGCGAAUCUUGAAGAAGUCUGGUGGUGUCAUAGAUGAUUCAGAAAUGGUUGAUGGGCUUGUGCUUAGCCAGCAGGCCGUCAAGAGCGCAGGAGGUCCAACUCGGAUAGAGAAGGCCAAAAUUGGCCUGAUCCAGUUCCAACUGAGCCCGCCAAAGCCAGAUAUGGAAAAUCAGAUUGUUGUCAACGACUACAGACAAAUGGACAAGAUUUUGAAGGAGGAACGGACAUACUUGUUGAAUAUGGUCAAAAAGAUUAAGAAGGCGAAGUGUAAUGUCUUGCUCGUACAGAAGAGCAUUCUGCGUGACGCUGUCAACGAUCUCAGUCUGCACUUCCUACACAAGCUUGGUAUCAUGUGUGUCAAGGAUAUUGAGCGAGAUGAGGUGGAGUUCAUCUGCAAGUCCACCGGUUGCAAGCCCAUCGCGGACAUCGACUCUUUCACUGAGGACAAGCUGGGUUCCGCAGACCUAGUGGAGGAGGUCGUCAGCUUGGGUGCUCGGUACACAAGAGUGUCCGGUGUCAAGACUACCGCAGCGAAUACUCCUCGCACAGUAUCAAUUGUUGCACGUGGCGCCAACACAUUGAUCCUCGACGAGGCCGAGCGAAGCUUACACGACGCCAUGUGUGUUAUCCGCUGCCUGGUCAAGAAGCGUGCUCUAUUGCCAGGUGGUGGUGCACCUGAGAUGGCCGUUGCAACCAAAUUGGCACAGGACGCCAUUGCCUCUCCGUAUCCUGAUAGCAUCUGCUUCAAAGAGUUUGCCGAUGCUCUCGAGAUCAUUCCGGUCACACUAGCUGAGAACGCUGGCUUGAACAGCAUCAAGGUCGUUACGGAACUUCGAGCACGGCACGCUCAAGGAGAGACAAAUGUCGGCGUCAGCAUCAAACGCGGCGGCGUCGGUGUCAUGGGAGCGGAAGAAAAGACAGGAACUUCUGGCGAGGGAGUGAUGCAGCCUCUGUUGGUCAGCACGAGCGCAUUUGAACUGGCCAGCGAGACCGUCAAGAUGAUUCUACGCAUUGAUGAUAUUGCCUUAUCAAGAUAGACAUUUUUGCAUCAUGAGAAAUGAAAACGCAACACCGAACGUGCUCCGAUGCAUGGUUUCUCACCCAAUUUCCUCCCUCAACGAAUGACAUCAAUGUUGCAAAGUAGACAUAAUUGUGGUGAUAGAUCCUUGAACGCUGGCGGCUAUCCUUGACAGCUCGCUAUGAUGCUGCCCGCCAUGACAAAUGUUCUCACAGUACCUACCUAGGCAGUGAAAUGCGCUAAACUUACUGGCCACGCUCGGCAA